AUGGUGGCAUUGGUAUCAACAUCGAAGACAAGGACGAAGCUAACAAGCGAAGAAGACGCUGCAAUUAUCCCCGAAGGAUGCGCCGCCACAGCCGCUACUCCCAAGGAAUGUCCCGUAUUGAAUGCCCAGAAGCGUCUCGCCGCAUCCGUAAUGAAGUGCGGGAAAGGAAAAGUGUGGCUUGAUCCCAGUGAAUCUAAGGAUAUCUCCAUGGCUAAUUCCAGGCAGAACAUUAGGAGCUUGUCAAGGAUGGUUUAAUUAUCAGAACCCUCCAAGAUCCACUCACGUGCUCAUGCAAGGACUUUGAACGAGGCCAAACUAAAGGGACGUCACUCUGGUUAUGGUAAGAAAAAGGGUACAAGAGAGGUGAGGCAACCCACCAAGGUUCUCUGGAUGAAUAGACUGAGGGUGUUGAGGCGUUUCCUUCUCAACUACCGUGAGAAAAACAAGAUCGACAAGCACAUGUACCAUGACAUGUACAAGAAAGUGAAGGGUGGCGUGUUUAAGAACAAGCGCGUGCUUAUGGAGAGCAUCCACAAGUCCAAGGUUGAGCAGGCGAGAGAGAAGACACUCUCUGGCCAGUUUGAGGCCAAGCGUGUUAAGAACAAGGCUAGGAAGGAGAGAAAGUUUGCCAGAAAGAAGGAACGUUUAGCUAGAGGAGCCGGAGGUGGAGAGAUAGCUGUUGUGUCUUAA